CGAGUUACCUCUCCGUCACAUCAGCCAUUACGCCUCUUCUCCAACUGCGCUUCUUUCAUAUAGGCGUGCAUCUUGGAGGAGAACUGCGAAUCAUCAGAAGCCCUCAAAGAAUAGCUCUCCAGAGCUUGAUUCGUCAUAAUGGGUCAAGGACCAUCUGGUAUGGGAGGUGAAGGGGGAAGGAAUGAGAAAGACAAGAAGAAGGACAAGCCCAAGUACGAACCCCCGCCAAGGCCAACAACCCGAGUAGGCCGCAAGAAGAGAAAGGCUGGCGGUAGCAGCGCUGCUGCCAAGCUUCCAGCAGUGUACCCCACGAGCCGAUGCAAGCUUCGACUGCUUCGCAUGCAGAGAAUCCACGAUCACCUGCUCCUCGAAGAAGAAUACGUCGAGAACCAAGAGCGACUACGAAAGGCCAAGGCUGCCAAGGAAGGACAAACGGCCGGUCCCGAUGUCGAUGCUGACCGCCUAGCUGAUGAACGUGGCCGGGUGGACGACAUGAGAGGAAGCCCCAUGAGCGUCGGUACGCUGGAAGAGCUCAUUGACGACGACCAUGCCAUUGUGAGCAGCACGACUGGUCCUGAGUACUAUGUCAGCAUCAUGAGCUUCGUAGACAAAGACCUUCUCGAGCCCGGUGCCAGCGUCCUUUUGCACCAUAAAAGCGUGAGCAUUGUUGGAGUUCUGACCGAUGAUGCCGACCCCAUUGUCAGCGUGAUGAAACUCGACAAGGCGCCAACCGAAUCCUAUGCCGACAUUGGUGGUCUGGAGCAGCAGAUUCAAGAAGUUCGAGAGUCAGUGGAGUUACCUCUACUGCAUCCCGAGCUGUAUGAGGAGAUGGGCAUCAAACCCCCCAAGGGUGUCAUUCUAUAUGGCGCGCCGGGUACUGGAAAGACGCUGUUGGCCAAGGCUGUUGCCAACCAGACAUCUGCUACGUUCUUGCGUAUUGUCGGUAGUGAGCUGAUUCAGAAGUACCUGGGAGAUGGUCCCCGGUUGGUGCGACAAUUGUUCCAGGUUGCUGGGGAAAACGCACCUUCAAUCGUAUUUAUCGACGAAAUUGAUGCUAUUGGCACAAAGCGAUACGAUUCUACAUCUGGAGGAGAGCGUGAAGUUCAGCGAACAAUGCUGGAGCUUCUCAACCAGCUGGACGGUUUUGACGACCGUGGUGACGUCAAGGUUAUUAUGGCGACGAACAAGAUUGACACGCUGGACCCUGCCUUGAUCCGACCUGGUCGAAUCGACCGAAAGAUUCUGUUUGAGAAUCCCGAUCAGAACACGAAGCGCAAGAUCUUCACUCUACACACCUCCAAGAUGAACCUAAACGACGAUGUCGACCUGGACGAGUUUAUUUCACAAAAGGACGAUUUAUCCGGCGCUGACAUCAAGGCCAUCUGCUCAGAAGCUGGUAUGAUGGCCCUGCGUGAACGGCGCAUGCGCGUUCAAAUGGCGGAUUUCAGGUCUGCUCGAGAGCGGGUAUUGCGCACCAAGCAGGAGGGUGAGCCGGAGGGUCUAUAUCUGUAAUAAGCGGGACUGUAUCAGCGGUGUGAGUGGUAGCAGCGCUUUAUGGAGCGAGAGGUGCCUAUAGCGUGGAUCUUUUAUAGAAACAUGAUGUGGUUGAGGCUAUUGGCAACUUCUUUGAACUACGUGUUAAUGCAAUCAGAAACCAAAUCACAAAGCAACCACAAAAAUAGUAAUUAUGCCAUAUAGUGUGCCUGCCAACGACCAAACUACGCAAGGAUAUCAAUUAAUAUACAUCAUAAGCACGAUAAACUCAUAUUUUCCCGCCUACUACUCCAAACUCUUGACAUCGUCAAAUUGCUUGACUUGAACGUCUUUCCAUGCUCCAUCUGACGUGACGUCGGUUCCUGGCGAUGAUGUGCCGCUGCCAUCAGGAAAAACACCCGCCGGCGCAUGGUGGUACAACCAUCUAGCAACGACAAAGCUCCCUACCGACGAUCCCCAGCACAGCACCGCAAGGGCCGACGUGAUGAAUAGCGUAGGAAUCAAGAAUAGACUUGCAACGCCGGUCCAGAAGAG